AGAGAGAGGGUUCAGCCUUAUCCAAUUUAGGGUUUCGGAUCAUCUCCGCUCAGUUUCCGACGCAUCGGAACCCUAAUUUAGGAUCAGGUGCCUUGAUUUAGAUCCCGAGGGGCCUACGGGGAUAAAAUUGCGAUCUUGCUAUUGUGUCUUGUUUUGUGCCUAGUCUGAGCAAUCUGGUCGGUAGGACCUUCAAUCCAGGAGAGCUAAAUUUCAUGUCUGAAUUAGACGCUCAGAUCCCUACUGCCUUUGAUCCGUUUGCUGAGGCAAAUGCUGAGGACUCAGGUGCUGGAGCAAAGGAGUAUGUUCACAUUCGCAUACAGCAGCGGAAUGGUAGAAAAAGCCUGACAACUGUCCAGGGAUUGAAGAAAGAAUUCAGCUACAACAAGAUACUUAAAGACCUCAAGAAAGAGUUCUGCUGCAAUGGCACUGUAGUCCAAGACCCAGAGCUCGGACAGGUUAUUCAACUUCAAGGUGAUCAGAGGAAGAAUGUGUCUACCUUCCUUGUUCAGGCUGGUAUCGUGAAGAAGGAGCAUAUCAAGAUUCAUGGUUUCUGAGCUGCUGGAAGCUUGAUAAUCAACUCUUACCUGCCUCGGUCCAGUCAGGCUCUUGUGCUUGGUCUUUUUAGAUGUUAUUUGUUGUUUCUAGACUUUGUUUUCUAGCGUCUGUUAUGUGGGGUUAUGGAAGCUAUGACGUUGCGUGUCAUUGUUCUUAAUAAUGUGUGUCAAAGAACUUUAAAGCAGUCUCGCAAAAUAUUCCUGUUUCUUUUUUUCAGAUGAUUUACGGACUUGGUAUGGCAUCUGGUACUCAUGAUUCUAGUACAAGUUAGUAAAAGAACUCGGCUUUUAAACAUAUAAAGCUGAUCUUGUUCUAGAUGAACUUAAUGGUUAAUUUCCACCGGGUGAAGGCUA